CGGCGGUCCUGGCCCCCGCGGGAGCGCGGCUGCGGGGCCGAGCAGGGGCGGUAGGGGUGGGCAGGCCUCUGUCUUAGCCUGCGCAACUGCCCCCGCGCGGGCUGCGGUCCCCGGGGAUGCCAGCGGUGGCGAGGCUCGGCCGGCAGGGUCCCGAGCGGCGCCGAGGCCGGCCGCGUACGCUCCGCCCUCUUUGGCCCGGACCCAAUCUCCAGGGGCUAAAAAUAUUGCCCGGAGGCUCCUGAGCGGCAUCAGUUGGCGCUAAGUAGGACGCGGGGAGAGGUGACAGAGCUCUUCAGCACCAGGGCCCGAAGAGCAGACUCCAAAACGCGGUCCCGCCCACGCGCGUUCGGCAGCUAGCGUCCUCCCUCCGCCGCCAGGUGCUGUAGGGUCGAUAUGAAGUUGAAAAAGCAGGUGACGGUGUGCGGGGCUGCCAUCUUCUGUGUAGCUGUCUUUUCACUCUACCUGAUGCUGGACCGCGUGCAGCACGAUCCUGCCAGACACCAGAAUGGUGGCAACUUCCCUAGGAGCCAAAUUUCUGUGCUGCAGAACCGGAUCGAACAGUUGGAACAACUGUUGGAGGAGAACCAUGAGAUCAUCAGCCACAUCAAGGACUCCGUGCUGGAGCUGACAGCCAAUGCAGAGGGCCCGCCAGCCCUGCUGCCCUACCACACAGCCAACGGCUCCUGGGCUGUGCUCCCAGAGCCCCGGCCCAGCUUCUUCUCUGUCUCCCCCCAGGACUGCCAGUUUGCUUUGGGGGGCAGGGGGCAGAAGCCAGAACUCCAGAUGUUAACUGUGUCUGAGAACUUGCCAUUUGACAAUGUGGAGGGUGGCGUGUGGAGGCAAGGUUUUGACAUCUCCUACAGCCCAAACGACUGGGAUGCUGAAGACCUGCAGGUGUUUGUGGUGCCCCACUCACACAAUGAUCCAGGCUGGAUCAAGACUUUUGACAAGUACUACAUGGAACAAACCCAGCACAUCCUCAACAGCAUGGUGUCCAAGCUGCAGGAAGAUCCCCGACGACGCUUUCUCUGGGCGGAAGUCUCCUUCUUCGCCAAGUGGUGGGACAACAUCAGUGCCCAAAAAAAGGCAGCAGUUCGAAGGCUGGUGGGAAACGGGCAGCUGGAGAUUGCAACAGGCGGGUGGGUGAUGCCAGAUGAGGCCAACUCCCAUUACUUUGCCUUGAUUGACCAGCUCAUCGAGGGACACCAGUGGCUGGAGAGAAACCUGGGUGCACCCCCUCGCUCGGGCUGGGCAGUGGACCCCUUUGGGCACAGCUCCACCAUGCCUUACCUGCUGCGCCGUGCCAACCUGACCAGCAUGCUGAUUCAGAGGGUGCAUUAUGCUAUCAAGAAGCACUUUGCUGCCACUCACAGCCUGGAGUUCAUGUGGCGGCAGAUGUGGGAUCCAGACUCCAGCACAGACAUCUUUUGCCACAUGAUGCCCUUCUACAGCUAUGACGUUCCACACACCUGUGGCCCUGACCCCAAGAUCUGCUGCCAGUUUGAUUUCAAACGUCUGCCGGGUGGGCGCAUCAACUGCCCUUGGAAGGUGCCUCCGAGGGCUAUUACAGAGGCCAAUGUGGCAGACAGGGCAGCCCUGCUCCUGGAUCAGUACCGGAAGAAGUCCCGGCUUUUCCGAAGCAAUGUCCUCCUCGUGCCGCUGGGCGAUGACUUCCGGUAUGACAAGCCCCAGGAGUGGGAUGCCCAGUUCUUCAACUACCAGCGGCUCUUUGACUUCCUCAACAGCAAGCCUGAGCUGCAUGUGCAGGCCCAGUUCGGGACCCUCUCCGAGUAUUUUGAUGCUCUCUAUAAGAGGACGGGAGUGGAGCCUGGUGCCCGGCCUCCAGGGUUUCCUGUGCUGAGUGGAGAUUUCUUUUCCUAUGCUGACCGGGAGGACCACUACUGGACAGGCUAUUACACUUCCCGGCCUUUCUAUAAGAGCUUGGACCGAGUCCUAGAAGCCCACCUGCGUGGGGCAGAGGUUCUAUACAGCUUGGCUGUGGCUCAUGCCCGCCGCUCUGGACUGGCUGGCCAGUACCCGCUGUCUGAUUUUGCUCUUCUGACGGAAGCUCGCCGCACACUGGGGCUCUUCCAGCACCACGAUGCCAUCACCGGAACUGCCAAGGAGGCGGUGGUAGUAGACUAUGGGGUCAGGCUGCUGCGGUCCCUGGUGAGCCUGAAGCAGGUCAUCAUCAAUGCUGCUCACUAUCUGGUUCUGGGAGACAAGGAGACCUACGAAUUUGACCCUGGGACACCCUUCCUCCAAAUGGACGACAGUCGUUUAAGUCACGAUGCCCUGCCAGAGCGCACAGUGAUCCAGCUGGAUUCCUCACCCAGGUUUGUGGUGCUGUUUAACUCACUGGAACAAGAGCGGCUCAGUGUGGUGACCCUGCUGGUCAACUCCCCAAGGGUGCGAGUCCUUUCAGAGGAGGGCCAGCCCCUGUCUGUGCAGAUCAGUGUGCACUGGAGCUCGGCCACUAACAUGGUCCCCGAUGUCUACCAGGUGUCGGUGCCCAUCCGCCUGCCAGCCCUGGGUCUGGGUGUGCUGCAGUUGCAGCCAGAUCUCGAUGGGCCCUACACGCUGCCGUCUUCUGUACGUGUCUACCUGAAUGGUGUGAAGCUGUCCAUCAGCAGGCAGACAGCAUUCCCUCUCCGUGUCAUAGACUCCAGCACCAGUGACUUCGCCAUCAGCAAUCGCUACAUGCAGGUCUGGUUCUCCGGCCUUACUGGGCUCCUCAAGAGCAUCCGAAGGGUGGAUGAGGAACAGGAACAGCAGAUGGAGGUGAAGGUCCUCAUCUAUGGCACCCGCACAUCCAAGGAUAAGAGUGGAGCCUACCUCUUCCUGCCUGAUAGCGAGGCUAAGCCCUAUGUCCCCAAGAAGCCCCCUGUGCUCCGCGUCACCGAAGGCCCAUUCUUCUCGGAGGUGUCUGCAUAUUACGAGCACUUUCACCAAGUGGUUCGCCUAUACAACCUGCCAGGGGUAGAGGGUCUGUCUCUGGACAUGGCAUUCCUGGUAGACAUCAGGGACUAUGUGAACAAGGAGCUGGCCCUGCGCAUCCACACGGACAUUGACAGCCAGGGUACUUUCUUCACAGACCUCAAUGGCUUUCAGGUACAGCCCCGGCGGUAUCUGAAGAAGUUGCCCCUGCAGGCUAACUUUUACCCCAUGCCAGUCAUGGCCUACAUCCAAGAUGGACAGAGGCGCCUCACACUGCACACUGCCCAGGCCCUGGGUGUCUCCAGCCUCUCUGACGGCCAGCUGGAGGUGAUCUUGGACCGACGGCUGAUGCAGGAUGACAACCGGGGUCUAGGCCAAGGGCUCAAAGACAACAAGAUCACCUGCAACCGCUUCCGCCUCCUGUUAGAGCGGCGAACCGUGAGCCAGGAGGUCCAAGAUGAGCGCUCUGCCAGCUACCCGUCCCUCCUCAGCCACCUGACUUCGAUGUACCUCAGCACGCCUCCACUCGCCUUGCCUGUGGCCAAGAGGCAGGUCACCAGCCCUACUCUGCGCUCUUUCCACCCUCUGGCUUCUCCGCUGCCCUGUGACUUCCACCUGCUCAAUCUCCGCACGCUCGCAUCUGAGGACACCUCACCCUCAGCUGAUGCUGCCCUCAUCUUACACCGCAAGGGCUUUGACUGUGGCCUUGAGGCCAAGAACUUGGGCUUCAACUGUACCACAAGCCAAGGCAAGCUGGCCCUGGGAAGCCUCUUCCAUGGCCUGGAUGUGGUAUUCCUGCAGCCAACCUCUUUGACUUUGCUGUACCCUCUGGCCUCACCCUCCAACAGCACGGACAUCUUUGUGGAGCCCAUGGAGAUUGGCACCUUCCGCCUCCGCUUGGGUUAGGGUAGGGCUUCUUGUGGCCUGAAGAGAAAGUUCAUCCACAGAGACCACCUCUCGACACCAAGAUGGGGUUGGACAAGUCACACUAGUAUCACAUCCCGUUCUGCCUCUUGGAACUGUGACAGACUGAGCAUUGUCCCUUGCCUUGUCUAUUGCUGCUUCUGUGUUUGGGGCAGCCCACACAUCUGUGGUGAGCAGAGGCCAGUGAGACAAGGGAGAGGAGGUUCUUUGGGUUGUGAGUGGGUGCCCAGUGGGGCACAGCCUCAGGCUCCCAUCCUUUUCCCAAAAUGGGACGUAGGAAGAGUGGGGGCACACGGAGGAGGUCAAGGAGGCUGAGGGGGAGCAGCCCAGAGCCAGGAGACUGCAGUUAUGAGCUAGCUCGGGGGUCCUAUGGUGACAUAGACCCCACAUGUCCUGGUAUGAGGCACAGGGGCAAAGUGCUUCUGGGAGAGGGGGAGAAGGACCCAUUGUUAGUGGAGCAGAGGAGCGGAAGGAUCCCUGCCUCUCCCAAGAGCUGAAGGGCUUUGCUGCUUUCUGUUCUCUGCCUCUGCUCAAAGUGCCACUGGGCCUGUAUGUCCUGGCUAGUGACUGCUGGGUGGCAGGAAGGACUUGCCGAGACUCUAAAUCAAGGCCAGAGGCCAGAGAACACUUCGGGAACCCACCCCCAUUCUGCGCGGGUCAUUUGUGAUGUGUGGAUUUGUGGCGGGGGUGAAAGGUGUCUCCCACCCUUCCUGCCUCUUCAGCUCACACACCACUCUCCUCACAAGUUCCUAUCGUGGGGUUCCUGGCUAAGUUUUCCCUAGAAAGGAAACGGAGCUUCCAAGAGCCCUGUGUUUGGGCACCUUGGGAAGGUACCCAUGCUGGGUCCAGUGGAAGGCUUCGAGGUUAAUCUUUGUUCCAUCUGCAGAAAUAUUACUCUCCUGGUGCGUGGGACGAAGAGGAUGGAGACAAAAUUAGGAGACUGUAUGCUUCGAUGAGCCUUCAUUUUAGCUUCACUUAAUAGAGAAUUUGUCUAUACAUGGUGAAAGAGGGUUGGUAAAAGUGAAACUCCAUCUCUCAUGAAGACUUAGUAAGCCAGGACAAGAAAGAAGCAUCAUAGUCUAGAUAAAGGUCCCUGUCACCAGUGAAGAACCAAACAACACAGGUGCUCCCCUGAGAGUCAGAAACUAGCCGGGGGCAUGCUGUUAUGUAGCAGAGUCAUGGUAUCACCCACCCCUCAGUUCAGAUGGAGACGAAGAAUCAUGACUGCCACUGUUUUUAAACCAUAAGCUACCUAAGAUAUCAGUGUCAGCUGAAGACCCAGCAGGGCAUUCUGUGAGUUGCCUGAGUACAUGCUCCUUCCCAAAUCAGCCCAUAAAAUCAAUGGAAUUCCAGGGAGAUUGGCACUUUUUGGAAUUCUGCCAGUUCUGCCAUUCAUUUAGGAGAGUACAGGAUGAGGAGUGAGGUAGUUCUGAAAGGCAGUGGUGAUGUAUGCUGGUGGUACCAAGGUGGGCACAAGGCACGGUACGGCAGCGUCCUCAAAGGCUUGGACUCUGCCAGCAUGAGUUCAGUCAUCAUGAUCAGAUCAGAGAGACUGAUGGGCAACACGGAGAGACCCAGGCACACAGAAAUGUGUGUGUGAUUUCAAGUGCAGGGAGGUGGGGGAGGUGGAUUAUUUAAUAAAUAGUUCUUUGAGACAACUAGCUAUCUGUUAGUUAGAACUCUACCUCAGUUCCCCAAAAACUAGGUCUAGAGGGAAAAAACAAAACAAUUCAAGAAACACACACACACACACACACACACACACACACAUUUUGAGACAGGGCCUCACUGUGUAGCUCUGGCUGUCCUGGAAUUCACUAUGUAGACCUGUAGACCAAGCUGGCCUCAAAGUCACAGAGACCCCCUCCUGCUUCUGCCUCCCCAAUGUUGGGACUAAAGGCGUGUGCAACUGCACCCGGAGAGAAAAUAUAUUUUUAUACCUGAUGUAGGAAGGUCUUUUCUAGACAACAUGAAAACUUAACACACGAUAGAGGGAAAGACUAAAAAAUGGGUUUGCCACAAAAAAAUGGAAAGCAUGUUCUAGGAACCAGGUUAAAAUACAACUGUGCAGGUAGGUGUUUGUAGUAAGUAGUCCCUGCAGGAGAAAGCUUGCUUUGGCUCCUCAGAGAACGCCACUAGGACCUGCCCAGCAGUCACCCAAAGAUCCACUAGUGACAGGGCUGAGUUCUUGCAGCCCUCCAGAGUACAUGCAGCCGGUCUCAGGCCACAUGGAUUCCAGUCAUGUCUUGCUGAAAGAAAUAAGAUAAUGAGUGGGAAGUGCUUAGCACAGAGCCUGGGCUGUGGACAAGUGUAGGUGGAAGUUUGUCCUGACCGCCUAAACACGUUAGGAAAGAAUAUGAAGCCACUGUUACAGCAAGUGUUAUUUGCUGGUAUAUGCUUUGUAGUCAAAUGAUAGGGGAGACUCUGUGAACCCCUAGGAAAUUAACAGAAUAAAGGAUAUUCUUUGAAGGUCUUA